AUGCCCCGCCUCCCCCUCCGCAUUGCCGUCCUUUUAUGCGACACGCCACCCGAACCCAUCAACACCAGAUACGACGGCCUUGGAGGCCUAUUCACGAGACUCUUCAACUUGAGCGCGCAAGAGCUCCACAAACGCCAAACCGUCGACCCGGCCUCCAUCGUCUCGAUCUCGCGCUUCGACGUCGUCACGGCGCAGGAAUACCCAGACCUCGACAACGUCGACGCCCUGGUAUUAACGGGCUCUAAACACGACUCCUUUGCAGACCACCCAUGGAUCCUGGAUCUGGUGGAAUUCACCAAAAAGGCGCUUGCGCAUCCGAAUGUGAAGUUGUUGGGGGUUUGCUUUGGACAUCAGAUUAUUGCGCGUGCCAUGGGGUAUGAGGUUGGGCGGAAUAGUGCUGGUUGGGAGAUUUCGGUUUGUGGUGUGGAUUUGACGGAGAAGGGGAGGGAAUUGUUUGGAGUUGAGACUUUGAAUAUCCAACAAAUGCACCGUGAUAUCGUCUUUACUUGCCCUGAUGGUGUGGUUCCGCUGGGAAGGACGCCGACGUGUGAAGUGCAAGGGAUGUAUAAGGCUGGGAAGUUCAUUACAGUGCAAGGGCAUCCGGAGUACAAAGAUGAUAUUAUGUCCGAGGUAGUGACGUUGCGGGCUGCGGCGGGUAUAUUUGAUAAGGAGCAGGCCGAAGAUGCGUUGAACAGGGCAGGAAAGCCACAUGACGGGAUCGCAAUUGCUGUGGCAUUUCUGAAGUUCCUCCUAGAGUAG